AUGUCCCAUCUGUCCAUCCUCUCUGCGCCGCUCCCCUCCACCAGUCGCCACAGCGAGGACGACGCCUACUUCACCUCUGCACAAGCUUCAUCCAGCCGUCAGACGCUUGCUGUUCCCGAGGGCUUCCUGAGAGCAUCGCCAUCACGAUCGCGUUCCAACAGCAUCCACCCCAAGCAGGGCGGUAUCCACAGUCUUCCGUCUUCACCUUCUACAUCCGCCUUCCCUCAACGACCCGGUUUCAGGAGAGCAGCCACCAGCGCCGCCGUCUCCACCAUCAGCUCGUCCGACUCGAGCCGCUUCGACGAGCUCCACUACUCGCAGACGCACUUUUCGCGCUCCACCCUCCUCGUCUACCCGGACAGCGAGACUGCAACAGCAUCAGGCGUUGUCGCUGCCGAGGAAGACAUCCGCGAACUUCUCUUGGCGAGUUCCGACGAGGAAUCCUCAGCACCACCCUCGACACCGGGCAUCGACAGCUCUCGCAUCCCACCGCGCGGCUCCUCUUCUUCGAUCGUCAACGCGCCCAAAAAGUCCAUGGACUCGGUUGUGUCGUUGCCUGAUCCCAUCACUCUUUCCGCACCUCCCGCCAAAGUCGAAGCAAAACGCAGCGGAAAAUGUCUCGGCCAAGUUCAGAGUUGGCUCGCCAAGCUUCCCGCACGAGCAUGA